GCGUAGUGACCCGGAAGUUGUUAUUUUUAAGCGCGUAACCGACACCGGAAGUGUAUCUCUCCACGCGACUGUCGGCUAAAACGUUGUGGACACGAAAGGCCGUCGCCCGAAAGAGGCUUUGGAACUUCACGACGCGAUUUUCAAAAGCCAGGAAUAAUGAGUCUUCUAACAAAACCCAAGUCUGAGAUGACUCCUGAGGAGCUCCAGAAACGAGAGGAGGAGGAGUUCAACACAGGCCCUCUGUCGGUGCUCACUCAGUCAGUCAAGAACAACACCCAGGUCCUCAUUAACUGUCGCAACAACAAGAAGCUGCUGGGAAGAGUCAAAGCAUUCGACAGGCAUUGUAACAUGGUCCUGGAAAACGUGAAGGAGAUGUGGACAGAAGUCCCCAAAAGCGGGAAGGGAAAGAAGAAGUCGAAGCCGGUCAAUAAAGAUCGCUACAUUUCCAAAAUGUUCCUCAGGGGGGAUUCUGUUAUCGUUGUCCUCAGAAAUCCUCUGAUUUCUGGAAAAUGAACUUUUUUUUUCUUCUAAGAUUGCAAAGCAGUGGAUUGACGUUUUUGUGUUGUUUGGAUUAAAUUAGGGAGUAACCAGUGGCUAAUCUUUUUCCCCCGUUUGUUUUUUCACAUUUUAAUAAUAAAAGCAUCGACUGCUGCAGUU